AUGAAUCGACCAAACACAACUACAGGUUCAAUCAUCUCGUCUGCUACCAUGAAGAAAUUGCCCGUGGAUUCCGUGAUGAUGAAAAAGCCUUCAUCAAGCUUGAGAAAGCCUUCCAAGGCUGCUGCUACCAUAAUGAUGGAGCAAAAGAACAUUCAUUUUCCAGAAGAAACCAUUCCCGAGAGCGUGAAAGAAUAUUCAUUGGCUUUGCAACGUGAUUUAAAAAUUAAUUCCUUGUAUGAUAUACAAAAUUUAACGAAUAUUGCAAGAGAGGAAAUCCAUAACGCUAAACACAUUGCAAAGGCAAUAUGUACAAGAAUAAAAACAGCCAAUGACGAUGAAAAGCUUCCGAGCUUAUAUUUAUUGGAUUCUAUCGCAAAGAACGUUGGAGGAGCAUACAUAACAGAAUUUGCAAACAAUUUAGUGGAUGUGUUUUACUAUUCAUUUAAAGCACAAACCAAAAUUGAAACACAGACCAGAUAUUUAAAGUUACUCAAGACUUGGGAACCAAUUUUUGGCAAUCAAUUAGUCCAUACCAUCGAAGAGAAGAUUAUGCGAUUACCCACUUAUGGACCCAAUCAAGUACAAGACUAUGCAACACUCGUACAAAAACACGCCAAUGCGUCUAUUUACGUGAACCCUAAGAAAUUUGUCAAACAAACAAGCAUUGAUUUUUCAAAUGCAGCUCAUCAAAAGAUGGAAACAACAAGAACUCUCCUCAGUAGAAGCAGUAGAAAACAAAUUAGUGAACAAGUUGUACUUGUACCUCCCAAUAACACAAAGAAAGCACGUCACGUAUGCAAGAUUUGUGGUUUAGGAUUUCCCAACAAACAAUUAUCGACUCAACACGACCUCUCAAAUUCUGCCUUACAUAAAGUCAAAAGUUCACACCACACCACCUCUCAUCAGGCGUUUUCAAGAUCAUGGUUUGAUCAAAGUGAUGAUGAGUGGGCAUCCAGUAGUAGUAAUAAUACGAAUGUGGAAAGAGUUUCCAUUACAUGCUUGGAUGCGAGCUCAAUAUUUGGAGAAGGGUUUUCAAAAUCUCCAAGUAGAGAGUACAGCAGCAGUGACGAAGAAGAAAAUACAAUCCAUUCCACAGUGUUGGCUCCACUCGACCAAGAUGACUGUGCCAUUUGUGGGGAGGCCUUUGAGAGAAUUUUAGAUGACUCUUCAGGAGAAUGGAUGAUAAAGAAUGCAUGCCUUGAUCCCAAUUCAGGAUCUUUUGUUCAUUGUGCUUGUUUGAAUCCAAAGAAACGAGCUCAUUCAUCAGACUCUAAUAGUAGCAGCGAUAAACGGAUAAAGUAUUUUUAA